AUGGGCCCACAGGAGUACAAAUUAUGCGAAGCACUGGAGGAUUGGAGAGACGAGAAGACUGUGGAAAUUUAUGGAUGCUCACACCUGAUUGACCUUGGUCCAACCGUUGUAAUGGGUGACUCAGUCCUUGACCGGAUUGUUGACUGCGCCCAUUUUGAGAAGAUUAAAAUCAUUGAGGAUCUCCGCAAGGAAACACAUUGGUCUGUCAAUGACAAUCUGGCCAGGGAGGUGAUCACCAUAAUCCACCGCAUCAUUCCAAUCUCACUCUAUACCACUACCCCCCUACAACAACACCCUCUAUCCAACACUGUCAGUGCACCGAACAACGGGUUAGCUCAACACCCAGCCCUCAAUCCCUCUGCUGGCAUCAAAAGGGUGUUGAGGUGCAGCGCUUGUGGUCAGGCUGGCCAUAACAAAUGUGGCCGUGUUUGUCCAAUGCAUCCAUCAUGGAUAUCUUCGGCAGCUGGGAAGGAGAAUAAUAAUUCUUAG